AUGUUUUUUAAAAUUCUUAGCUAUGCCCCCUUGCGUCUGAAGCAAAAACUACCCAAUUUGGUCAAGCUAUAUAUGCAAGAUGUACACGAUGAGUUUGAUCGCCUGAUGAAGAUCUAUAGCAUGAAAAAAAUUCUCGUCAAACCGGAAAUGGAGCAUGAAGAUCCGGCAGACUUCCAUUUGCCCAAGGCCGACUUUCGUUUCUCUUUGCCGGGGAAGACACAAAACUAUCAGAAAUACGUGACAAAUCGGCGCAGAAUUGGGCAGAGACUUUUGAUUUUACAGGCACCGGUGAGAUAUGUCCUCAAUUCUACCGAAUUGGAAUUCCCUGAGCUGUUGAUAAUCUUUGAGCCUCUGCAGAUUACUGUGGGCCAGGCUGCCGCAGUGCAACUUGGCUUGGGUCAACGUGAGUGUAUUUCGCAUAAAGCUCUGCUUAAGUACUGCCGCACUUCCUUGGACAAUUACAGCACUUUUUUGCGUUGGACUUGGUAUCCCAAGAUUAUCAACAUCAUUCGCAGAAUGCACAAGAAGCGAGCAGUUCCAUCUAGACUAUGGCCCCUGACGUUCCUAUGUGUCGAAGGCCUCAUCAAUCGCCAGUUAAACAAUUUGAAGCAACGAACCCUUAGUGAGUUGCUGAGGAUUUGCUCGGAUGGGCAGAAAAUACCGAUGCUACGCCUCAACCUCAUUUGCUAUGACGAGGGAGACGGCAUCGAUAUAAGUCCUAGUUUCGAGGAAAUUCAAGACACCUAUGUGACCAUAGUCAGAGAGAUAGCAGAGGUGGGCAAUCGCAUGGAACCCAUACAACCCCAAAUAGAUCCCUCCACUGUCAAUCAAGCCGCUGAAUAUCUGCGAAUAAAUCUCAAUGAGAAUUUCCUCAACGAGUUCAUAGAAGACCUAAAGGAAGUUAUAUAUCGAACCUAUCAGCCCAUACAGGCCUACUUGGAAGCGUAUCAGCGCAAAUACUAUGGUCUUUUUAGUCAGGAAGUAAGUGAGGAUUUGGAUCGUUUCCUUGCUGAGCCCAAAGCCUUCGAAGACUAUUUCAAGAAAAUCGACUCCUACUUCGAAUACAUCAACAUGCUGCGCAGUGAGCCCAAACAGGACUUCUUUCUUUUGGCCAUAGUGAACAAUGAACAGUGUAUAAAGCGGCUACGCCAAGUGGCAGAUGGUCAUAUAGCCCGCAUAACUGCCGAGAUUACCAAGGAGCACAUUAAAAACGAGCUAUCCAUAUGUGCCGAGUUCGAAAGCAUCAAGGAACGGGCUUUGGAAGUACCCAAAACCACCGAAGAACUUUUGACCAGCUCCGAAUACAUGAUACACGUGAAGAAGGAGAAACUUUUCGAGAUGCGCGAUCGCAUACAAUACACCCUCCAAGUGGGCACCAAUUUGGUGGAAUUGUGCGAGAUGUCCUCCUACCAUUUUGACCUUACCAUCACCACCAUCAAUUGGUUGAAUGGCAUCAACGAGAUCUGCGAUUAUAACGCAUCACAGCAGGAGAACUACAAAGCCCUGUUUGAGGAACAUCUGCAGGAGGUCGUUAAGAAACUGAACGAUGACAUCGAGGAAAUGAUUCCCAAAAUGGCUGUCAUCAACGAUAUGAGUGAUCCGCAAAAAUUCAAAUCGUACUACAUAAUGUUGCAGAAUUUCAUUGAUCAAUUGAAGACAUUCGAUGACUACGUGGCUUGGAUCAAUAAGGAGGAGAAGCUGUUUAAAAUACCGCAAACCCAGUAUCCGACCAUGGAUGUUUUGAAAACGUUCGUUUAUCCCUUUGCAACACUUAUGAAAUUAUGCAUCAAUUGGCUACGCUACUACAAUGUUUGGAUGGAUGGCCCCUUCGAAUACUUAGAACCGAAAUUUGUGGAAUUUACAACGGACAACUACCUGAAAGAGUUUCAAAAAAACCAAAAGUAUUAUAGGCAAAAAAUAAAACAGGAUCUCAUAGACAAUCCCGUGUGCAAGUUCAAGGGCCAAACGGAAGAUCCUGACCCCAACAAUCACCCUGUACCACUGAGGUUGUGCAACAAGAUGAUUCAAUCGAUCAAGGAUUUCACCACGGGCGUCUUCAUUGUCAACAAUAUGUGUAAUCCGGCAUUAAGGAAACGCCAUUGGAAGGAGAUGUCCGAAAUUGCCGAAUUCGACAUUACCCCAGAUGCGGGUACAACGUUGAGGAAAAUUCUUAACUAUAAUUUGGACUCGAAACUGGAUCAAUUCGAAAUCAUCAGUGUAAGUGCCAACAAGGAGCUGCAACUGUGGAAUAGUUUACAGGCCAUGAUACAUGAGUGGGACCAGAGAGUGUUUCCCAUUGGGCCGUACAAGGAGACCGAUGUACAAAUUCUCUCCAACAUGGAUGAUAUUCAAGCUCUCUUGGAUGAUCAUAUACUGAAAACCCUGUCGAUGCGUGGAUCGGCUUUCAUGAAACCCUGUGAGACCGAAGUGCUGGCCUGGUACGAGAAAAUCAAGCGGGUUAAUGAGACCCUGGAUCAAUGGGGCAAAGUACAGUCGAACUUUUUGUAUCUUCUGCCCAUAUUCUCAUCCAAGGACAUUGUAAGUCAGAUGCCCGAGGAGGGACGCCUAUUUACAAUCGUGGAGCAAACAUUUACUCGCAACAUGACCAUGAUCCUGAGGCAACCUUUGGUAAUGGAAACAGCUCCUGCGCCCGGCUUGCUUGAGUCCUUGGUCAAGGCGGUCGAGCUAUUGGAUGACAUUACCAAUGGUGUCAAUAACUAUUUGGAAAAGAAGCGUUUGUAUUUUCCACGUUUCUUCUUUCUCUCUAAUGACGAAAUGCUGGAAAUCCUUUCGGAGACGAAAGAUCCUUUGAGGGUCCUACCGCAUUUGAGCAAAUGUUUCGAAGGCAUCAACAGUUUGGAAUUCGAUAGGCAUAAGAGUGUGCUCUCCAUGAUCAGUUCAGAGAUGGAAGUGGUCAAGUUUGUUGAUAACGUUUCCACUGCAGCGGCGGGAGGAAGUGUUGAGAAAUGGUUGUUGGGAGUGGAGGCGGAAAUGCUGAAAGCUGUCCGCAAACAGAUGGAAUUAUCCUACGAGCACUAUCCCACCCUGGAGAGAUUUGAGUGGGUCCUGCACUGGCCUCAAAUGGUUAUCUUGUGCAUAUCCCAGGUCUAUUGGGCCAGUAAUGUCCAUGCAAAUCUACGAAAGUCUCUGAGUGAGCCCCAAGCUCUGGGGAACUUUUUUGACGAGCUCAAUACUGAUUUGCGACAAAUAGUUGAUCUCGUCCGUUCGCCCGUCAUUAGCAAUCUUAAUCGCAUAUCCAUAAAAUCCCUCAUUGUCAUUGAUGUCCAUGCCAAGGAUGUGGUGGAGGAACUGAUUCGUCUGAAGAUUAGCAGCGAGUACGAUUUUCAAUGGAUGUCCCAACUCCGCUACUAUUGGGAGGAUGAUAACAGCUGGGUGAGGAUCAUCAAUGCCACCAUACCCUUCGCCAAUGAAUACUUGGGAAAUUCCGAUCGCUUGGUGAUCACCCCACUAACAGAUCGUUGUUAUAGGACCCUGGUGGGGGCCUAUCAGCUGCACUUGAAUGGUGCCCCCGAGGGACCAGCAGGAACGGGAAAAACGGAAACCACCAAGGACUUGGCAAAAGCUUUGGCGGUUCAAUGCAAGGUUUUCAAUUGCUCCGAUGGCCUGGACUACAAAGCCAUGGGGAAAUUCUUCAAAGGUUUGGCCUCCUGUGGAGCCUGGGCUUGUUUUGAUGAAUUCAAUCGCAUCGAAUUGGAAGUGUUGUCUGUGGUGGCUCAACAGAUCCUUUUGAUCAUUCAGGCCGUUCGGACCAAAGCUACCAAGUUUGUCUUCGAAAACACUGAACUUACUUUGAACCCGGCCUGCUAUGUCUGUAUCACCAUGAAUCCGGGCUAUGCUGGACGAUCAGAGUUGCCCGACAAUCUAAAGGUUCUAUUCCGCUCCGUGGCCAUGAUGGUGCCCGACUAUGCCAUGAUCGGUGAAAUUUCUCUAUACUCCUAUGGCUUUAUAGAUGCUCGCAAACUGGCCGUCAAAAUAGUGACCACCUAUCGUUUGUGCUCGGAACAGUUGUCCAUGCAGAAUCACUACGACUACGGAAUGAGGGCCGUCAAAACUGUGCUCUCGGCCUGUGGCAACAUUAAAAAGCAGUUUCCCAACGAGGUGGAGGACAUUUUAUUGUUGCGCUCCCUCAUCGAUGUGAAUUUACCCAAGUUCAUGUCUUUUGACAUUCCACUCUUUGAGGGCAUUAUAUCGGACAUUUUUCCAGGCAUACAAUUGCCCUCCAUUGACUACAGUCUGUUGGAAGCCGAAUUCAAGAGCUUCUGCAACGAAAUGGAUUUGGAACCCGCAACGACUUUUUUGACUAAGGUCAUACAAACCUUUGAGAUGAUCAUUGUACGUCAUGGCUUUAUGCUGGUUGGGGAACCGCUGUCAGGCAAAAGUAAAACGCUCGAGAUUUUAGCCAAGAUCCUUUCGUCCCUAAAGCUUAAGGCUCCAGACAAGAGUCCCUACUAUCAGCAUGUGCAAAUGGGCAUUAUGAAUCCCAAGUCAAUAACAAUGAAUCAGUUGUACGGCUCCUUCGAUCCGGUCUCCUAUGAGUGGACAGAUGGCUUAGUGGCCCGAGUAUUUCGAGAAUUUGCUAUGUCUCCCACGCCGGACCGGAAAUGGGUUGUAUUUGAUGGUCCCGUUGAUGCAGUAUGGAUUGAAAAUAUGAAUACAGUCUUGGACGACAAUAAGAAGCUGUGCUUAACUUCGGGCGAAGUAAUCACCAUGACCAAGGAAAUGUCAAUGAUUUUUGAAGUUAUGGACCUAUCCCAGGCAUCUCCGGCAACUGUCUCGCGUUGUGGCAUGAUUUAUAUGGAACCCACAUCACUCGGUUGGCAAGCUUUCGCCAAGUCUUGGCUGAAGCGUUCGGAUAAACGUUGGGCUGAAGAGGAAAAUUUUGCCUAUGUUUUAGCAUUGUUUUCAUGGUUAUUCGAGCCGUGCUUGGACUUCAUACGGAAACAUUGCAAACAGUAUUUGCAUCCAGGAGAAUAUAAUCGCCUCCAAACUACAUUCGACAUUUUCGACAUGUGCCUAAGUGAAGCCAUAGAGGAAAAUCCCGAUGAUUAUCAAAAAUAUUUGCCCAUGUAUUUUCAAGCUGCCAUCACAUUUGGCCUGGUUUGGGGAGUCGCAGGUAUUAUUGAUUCCAGUUCUCGUGAGAAAUUUGAUAAAUUUUAUAGAGAACUGUGGACCUCAGAGGAGAGUAUACCGGAAACCAUUGGGAAAAUAGACAUAUCAAUGCCUGCAGAAGGAUUACUGGUAGACUAUUUCUACAUCUUCAAACAGAGGGGAUCGUGGCGUUCAUGGCAAGAUGUUGCCAAACGUCUCGACGUCGAGGAGACUUCCCUGGGGGUUCAAGUGCCCACCAUCGAUACUGUGCGCUACAUGCAUUUGCUAAAAUUGCACAUUGAUCACAAGAAGCGAAUUUUAUUGGUGGGGCCAACGGGGACGGGUAAAAGUAUUUACAUCCAAAACUAUCUCAUGAACAAACUUGACAAUGAAACUUGCGAAUCGGCUUUUGUUACAUUCACCGUCAUGAUCUCAGCAAAUCAAACCCAGGAACUCUUGAUAUCGAAGCUUCAAAAAUGGAAACGUGGCAUUUAUGGACCUCCAAAGGGUAAACAGCUGGUUAUUUUCGUGGAUGACAUGAAUAUGCCCAUCAAAGAGGAGUACGGUGCUCAGCCACCUUUGGAAUUAUUGAGGCAGUAUUUCGAUUAUGGUCAUGUGUACGAUUUGAAGGACAGCUCCAAGAUCUUUAUAAACAAUGUGACCAUUGUGAGCGCUUGCGGUUUGCCUGGAGGCAGUCGCCAAGAUGUGUAUGCUCGCUUUUUGAGCCACUUCAAUGUCUUCUCGAUUGACACAUUCAGCGACGACACCAUGAAUCGUAUUUUUGUCAAUGUCCUGCUCAAUGGCUUUCGUAAGACGGGCCAUGGCAGCGAUGUCUUUGCCAUGGCCAAUGCCAUUGUCACAGCCACCCAGCAAAUUUAUAAGCUGGUGCAAGCGGAAAUGAGAGCCACACCAGCCAAGAGCCAUUACAUUUUCAAUUUGCGCGACAUAUCUCGAGUGGUGACCGGCUGCUCGCUUUUGCGCAAGGAGUCGGUGAGUGACAAGAAGAUAUUCAUUCGUUUGUGGUAUCACGAGGCUAUGCGAGUAUUCUACGAUCGCUUGAUCGAUGAUGGUGACCGCCAAUGGAUGUUCACAAAAUUGAAUGAGUGUGUGCGCAUGAAUUUCAGAGACAAAACGGAAUCGGCCUUUGACAAUUACUUUACCGAGUUGGAGACGGGAGAACGCAUUUUCACCAUGGACGGUGCCAAUUGCAUAUUUUUUGGUGUCUAUUUCGACGAAGACUCUGUGGUAGACGAAAGACGCUACGAAGAGAUUCCCAAUAUGGAGACCCUGUACAAAUUUGCCGUCAGCAGCCUGGAGGACUAUAACUCAACAAGGAGAACUAAAAUGGAUAUUACCCUCUUUACCUUUGCACUGCAGCACUUGAAUCGCAUCUGCCGCAUCAUUUCCAUAAAUGGAGCCAGUGCCCUUCUCAUAGGCUUGGGUGGAUCGGGGCGUCAGUCAUUGACCAAACUGGCCACCAAUAUGGUGCAGACUUCCUUCUUUCAGCCGGAGAUAACUAAGAACUAUGGACCCAAUGACUGGCAUGACGACUUGAAAACUGUUCUUAAGGAGGCUGGCGGAAUGGACAAACACACAGUUUUCCUAGUCACGGAGAAUCAAAUCAAAAUGGAGCUGUUCCUGCAAGAUAUCGACUGUCUGCUGAACCAGGGAGAAGUUCCCAACAUCUAUGCCAUUGACGAAAAGCAGGAGAUCUUGGAAUUGGUGCGACUGGCUGCCCAAGGGGGCAAUCGCAAUAUUGACAUAUCUCCCGUGCAGGUCUUUUCAUACUUCGUCAAUCGUUGCAAGAGAAAGUUGCACAUAGUUCUGUGCCUGUCGCCCAUCGGUGAUAGCCUAAGGACUCGUGUGCGCCUGUACCCUUCGCUAGUAAAUUGCUGUACAAUCGACUGGUACCAGAGUUGGCCCGAGGAAGCUUUGCAAAUGAUUGCCAAGAUUUCCUUGGAAAAAGUCAAUGUACCCACCGAGGAGAUAAAACAGUCGAUUGUGGAGACUUGCCAAUAUUUCCACACCACAGCGAGUAAUGUGUGUGGGAAUUUCUGUGAACUCACCGGCAGACACAUCUAUCUCACGAAUGCUUCAUUUUUGGAACUCAUUCAAUCGUAUCAGUCCCUUAUGGAUCGCAAGCAGAAAGAGGUCAUGGGUGCCAAGAUGCGUUACAUAGGAGGCCUGGACACCUUGGCCAGUGCUGCGGCUGCCAUUUCUGUCAUGCAAAAAGAGUUGAACGCUUUGCAGCCCAAACUUCUGAGUAUGGCCGACAAAUCGCGACAGAUGAUGUUGGAAAUCAAUACCGAGACCAUAGCAGCCCAAGCAGCAGCGGAACAAGUGAAGAAGGACGAGGCCGUGGCCGCUGUGCAGGCAGAAGCGGCUCAGGUACUGAAAGGUGAGUGUGAGAAGGAUUUGGCGCAGGCCAUUCCGGUGCUGGAAGAAGCUCUGCAGGCCCUCAACACCCUCAAACCUGCCGAUAUAACGUUGGUCAAGUCUAUGAAAAAUCCACCCUCUGUCAUAAAACUCGUAAUGGCAGCCGUGUGUGUUAUCAAAGGCAUUCCAUCCGAUCGCAUUGCUGACCCGGCCUCCGGCAAAAUGGUCAACGACUAUUGGGGUCCUAGUAAACGCAUACUGGGAGAUCUGAAUUUCUUGCAAACCCUCAAGGAUUUUGAUAAGGACAACAUAAAUGCGGAUAUCAUGAAGAAAAUACGCAAGGACUACAUACCGCACAAGGAUUUCAAUCCCAAUAUUGUGGCGAAGGCUUCAAGUGCCGCCAAAGGACUGUGUCAAUGGAUUAUCGCCAUGGACCUGUACGAUAAUGUGGCCAAAAUUGUUGCACCCAAAAAGGCCAAGUUGGCAGCAGCCGAAAAGGAGUAUGCCGAUACCAUGACCUACCUCAAUGAGAAAAGGGAGCUAACAGCUGCCUUGGAGGCCAAAGUGGCCAGGCUGAAUGAGGACUUGGAAAAGGCCAACAUAGAAAUGAGGAGAACCCAAGAUGAGGCCGAUUUGUGCCAGGAAAAAUUAACAAGAGCCAAAUCCCUCAUUGAUGGCCUGGGAGGAGAGAAGUCUCGCUGGACCAAAGCGGCUGACAACCUGCAGGUCCUCCAUGACCAUCUGCCGGGAGACAUACUGCUCUCGUGUGGCGUCAUAGCCUACCUCUCGGCAGUCAACUUCAAAUUCCGUGCACAGUGUGUGGAUGAUUGGUAUGAAAAGUGUGUCCGCCUGCGAAUACCUGUUUCAGAAGGUUACACUAUAACCAAGGCCUUAGGGGUAGAAAUUAAAAUACAGCACUGGAACAUCAACGGCUUACCCAACGAUGUCUUUUCCACCGAAAAUGCCAUAAUAUCGGCGAAUUCCAGUCGCUACAGCCUCUUCAUCGAUCCCCAAGGUCAAGCCAAUUAUUGGAUAAAAAACAUGGAACGGAAAAACCGUCUCAGUUCCGUGAAAUUUAACCAGGCCAAUUAUAUGAAGGUCAUAGCCGAAUCCAUGGAGUAUGGUUAUCCGGUGAUUAUCGAAAAUGUUCUGGAGGAGCUUGAAGUUCCCCUGGAUCCCAUACUAUUGAGGAGAACCUUUUUACAGGGUGGUCAGAAACACAUCAGCCUGGGCGAUAACAUUGUACCCCUCAACGAUAACUUUCGUCUAUAUAUGACCAGCAAUCUAAGAAAUCCCCACUUCCUUCCGGAAACCUUCAACAAAGUGACCAUUAUAAACUUUGCUUUGACCCAAAAUGCCCUAGAAGAUCAGUUGCUGAGCAUAGUGGUGGCCAAAGAGAGGCCUGAUUUGCAGGAGCUGCGCAUGACCCUGACGGCGGAAGCGGCCAAGAAUAAAACUGCCCUAAUCGAAGCGGAAAACAUGAUUUUAAAAACCUUGACCACUUCCGAAGGAGACAUUCUGGAAAAUGAGGGAGCCAUCCAAAUUCUGGGAGAAUCCCAAACCUUGUCCACUGAAAUAGCCGCCAAACAGGAGGCUUCCAAGGAGACAACAGCCAAAAUUGAAGCAUUCCGCCUCAACUAUAAACCUGUAGCCAUCCACUCCUCCAUACUGUACUACUCUAUAACGGAUAUGCCCAACAUUGAUCCCAUGUAUCAGUUUUCCCUGAGUUGGUACAUCAACUUGUACAUGUACUCCAUCGAAACGGCCAACAAAUCCAAGGAGUUGCCGCGACGCAUCAAAUUCCUUGUCGAUGCUGUAAGCAGGAAUCUCUACAACAACGUCUGCCGAUCCAUAUUUGAGAAGGACAAGUUGCUGUUUUCCUUCAUACUCUGCGCCCGCAUUCUACUGGGCAACAAUCAAAUUCAAAUGAGGCAUUUGGCUCAUCUACUCACGGCAGCCAAAGAAAGUCGCCAAGGUUCCAGUAAUCCUGAUUCCUCGUGGAUCUCAGAAGGGAUUUGGGCCAAUGUGGUGCGUUUAGAAGAGUUCCAUGAAUUGAAAGGCAUUGUCGACUCAUUCCGCAAUAACACGGCAGCUUGGAAGAAAAUCUACGACCAUGCAGAACCUGAAGUGCAGCCACUGCCGGAUGGCUGGCAAAACAAAACGACCCGCUUCGAGAAGAUUUUAGUUUUGAAAUGUCUAAGGCCCGACAAGGUCUUUUUGGCCAUUCGCAACUUUAUUUCGGCCGAACUUGGCUCACAGUUCGUAACACCGCCAGAGUUUGACAUCAGCAAGUCGUUCACAGAAUCAACGGCAUUGACGCCCCUCAUAUUCAUUCUGUCGCCUGGAGCCGAUCCCUUGGGAUCUCUAUUGUCGUUUGCCGAAAAAAUGGGUCACGAUGAAACCUUCCAGAGUAUAUCGUUAGGUCAAGGCCAAGGUCCCAUAGCUCAGCAUCUUAUCAAAGGGGCCCAAGAAAUGGGCUAUUGGGUGUGUUUGCAAAAUUGCCACUUGGCCGCCUCUUGGAUGCCCAAAUUGGAAUAUCUUUGGGAAAACAUGGAUACAUUUAAUACCUCACCAUCUUUUCGAUUGUGGCUAACAAGUUAUCCCACAUCGCAAUUUCCAGUGGCCCUUUUACAAAAUGGGGUAAAAAUGACCAAUGAACCUCCCACCGGCCUAAAAGAGAAUAUUAUGCGUUCAUACAAUUCGGAGCCAAUCAACGAACCCACAUUCUAUACAGGUGUGGCCAAACAGGAUCGGGCAUUCACCCGCUUACUCUUUGGCAUAUGUUUCUUUCAUGCUGUGGUGCAAGAAAGACGUAAAUAUGGUCCUCUGGGUUGGAAUAUUGCCUAUGGGUUCAAUGAGUCCGAUCUACAAAUCUCUGUGCUACAAUUGAGUAUGCUGCUUAACCAAUACGAUCAUGUACCAUACGAUGCAAUUGGAUAUCUGACGGCGGAAUGUAAUUACGGUGGUCGUGUUACUGAUACUUGGGAUCGCCGAGCCAUUACCACCAUUCUAGCCGAUUAUGUCAAUAACGAUGUGGUCACCGAUAAUCGUUAUAAAUUUGCUGCCGAAGAUCGCUUUACAGUACCACGCAAAACAGAACAUCGGGAAAUUCUGCGAUAUGUCAGCGAAAAUUAUCCCAGCUUAGCAACUCCUGAUGCCUAUGGCCUGCAUGAGAACUCUGGUAUCACGCGUGAUUUGCAAACUACCAAAACCCUGACGGAUGCCAUGGUCCUUAUACUGGGCAGUGAGGUCACAUCAAAUGUGGGCGAAGGACACAGUGCUGAUCAGCAGUUGUUGGAUACAGUGAUGCAAAUUGUGGCUGGCAUGCCGGCCAACAUGGAUGUUGAGGAUGCCAAGAAGAAAUACCCUGUGGACUACAAUGAGUCCAUGAACACUGUCAUUAGUCAGGAAAUGGAACGUUUUCUAAAGUUGCAACUUGAAAUACGCUCAUCGUGCCAUGACAUUGAGAAUGCGGUGCAUGGCAUUAUCGUUAUGACACCAGAAUUGGAGGCUGUUAUAAAUGCCAUCAAAUUGAAUCGCGUGCCAAGCCAAUGGAUGAAGAAAUCUUAUCCAAGUUUAAAGCCAUUGGCAUCCUAUAUACAAGAUUUCUAUAGGAGGUUAAACUGGCUUCAUCAUUGGCACCAACACAAUAAACCGUCCACAUUUUGGAUAUCCGGCUUCUUUUUUACGCAAGCAUUUCUCACUGGAGCCAUGCAAAAUUAUGCACGCAAAUAUAAAAUACCCAUUGAUACGUUAACUUUUGACCACCAAGUACUGGACGUGGACGACAAAGACCAACCACCUGCAGAUGGCGUCUAUGUAAAUGGCCUCUUUUUGGAGGGAGCUCGUUGGAAUUGGGAAGAGAACGUUAUGGACGAGCAACUGCCUAAAGUUCUGAUAUAUCCCAUGCCGGCCAUAUAUUUGAGGCCAACAACCAUACUGGAACUAAAAGAAGCAGCUCGCUAUAAAAGUCCCUUGUACAAGACAGCCGAGCGCAAAGGCACUUUAUCCACAACAGGUCACUCGACGAACUAUGUGAUACCAAUAUUUUUGAAUACAAAAGUCAAGGCUUCUCACUGGGUGAAGCGAAGUGCGGCAUUGAUAUGUCAGACGAGCGACUGAAACAAAUUAUUUUAUUUAUGAUACAUAACAUUUUAUUAAUUCAAUGUAAUUAUUUUAUAAAUUCAUAAAUAAAUAGAUGUAUAUA